AUGAGUGCUAGUUAUAUUUUCAAAAAAAGACCUGAAACGAUGGCUUUGAGCAAACGAAUUAGUGCACUUGAAAGAUGUUUCGAAGGAUCUGUCAUCUGCUUUUGUGAGGCUCCGUUGCUUCCCCUCGGCUGCCUCCGUUCCUUCGCCUCGGAACCCGGGUGCUUCCGAUGUUUCCCCUCUGUGGCGCCCGUUACCACCUCUCUAUGGCUCCGUCAUUGUACUAUGAAGAUCUCAUUUAUAGCUUUACUUUUAUUUGUCGGUUCUGCUAGUACUAGACUUGAGACGACUGACUCUAUCAACCUAUUCAAAGAAAUUGACGUUGGGCAAAAAGCGUUCACUGGAUCAAGACAAAAGAUUAGAAUAUGGCCUCUUGGAUUGUUGCGAUUCUCGGGCAAAGAUACAAGUCAAAGUUCAUGGGCGAGGAUGAUGAUAGAUAGAUUGAUAAGAUUAUUACCUCUAAGAACAUCAAAAUAUGAACGGGUUGCAAAGAUACCUGAUACACCUUCCAUUAUAGGAAAAGAAGAAGAGGCUAUAACCAAACCAAAGAUUAUUGAAAAUUUAGUCCCAAGACGAAGAGUAAGAAUAGAACUUGAAAAAAGUUUAUUAGAUUCGAAUUCAAAAAUUUCAGACCCAACAACAAAUUUAAACUCUUAUCUUUCUGAACUUGAAAAAAUUACAUCAAUUUCACCAAAACCUCCAAGUUUGGGCUUUGGAAAUGGCCUUGAAAGUAGGUUAAUGAAAAGACUUUCACAAAUGCAAGAUUAUGAAGGAGCUGAAAAAGAUGUCAUGCGUGUUUUGGUCCGCGAAGCUAAUUCUCAAGGGAUUGAGGAUCCAGUGACAGUGAAUCGAAUGAUUGUAUUGUCAAUCAUUGGCCGAUUCGUUCCACUUCAACUAGUAUGGUUGAGUGAUGGUUUACGUAAGGCUAGAGAAAGUGUAGGAAUCCCUCGUCAAAUCGUACUUCCGGGUACAAAAGAACCGAUUGAAGUCGAUAGGAUAAUUGAACAUAUCAUUAUGUUAGGAAAGACGAUUGGUGAACAUCUAUCUCGAGGUUUCUAUGCGAUUGAGAACGCAAAGGUGAACGUUGAGAAGGAGAUCAUGAGAUUUCCUCCUGAACAGAUAGCUUUAAUCUCUGCGAUCAGUCAAAAUCCAGAGAUGAAAUCUGAAGUUCCCUUAUCGAAAACAGCUUUCGAUAUUGCUAUUGCAAGAAUGUCAAUGACUAAUGCGGACUCAAAAUUAAGAUCAAUUCUAAAAGUAGGAAAACAAGAAGGUUUAGAAGAAGAAAAUUAUAAUUUACUUAUCAGACAUUUAAAUGAAAUAGAAGACUUGUUAAAAGAGCAUGAAGAACUUACAAAAAUAUCAAAAAACGGACUUCCUGUCAUCACUUGGCUUGGUGAUAAUGAAAUAAAAGGUUCAAGAGGUAAAUUAAAUCAGGAGAUCUAUAACGUUGUGAAUCAAGUCCUACAGCAAACUGGUAAAAAUCCUAUUCGAAUGCUCAAAGCUGAUGAUUUAAAGACACCUCAAUAUUCUACAUAG